AAAUAUAUUUUAUUUGAUUUUGCUGUCCAAAUUAAACAACAUUUUUACCAGUUAGAGCUAUUUUUUUAUUUAAUUAUUUGCUAUAAAAUCCUCUUCUAAUGGACAAACCGUUGACGAAGGUAAAUCAGAGCAAUGAGUCGAGCAUUUCAACCACCGGUACCACGGGCUCACCACAGUUUUCCGACACUUUGGAGAACAAUGUUAAGUACAUGAAUUUAAAUUUCGUUGACAAUUCAGAGUCUUCCAGUCAAGCAAAAGAACAACCCAUUGAUUACCAAAAGCUACCGCAAACAUUUGAUGCCAUCGCCCCUAAGACCACAAAACCACCGCCGAGUAAGAUAUUACCAUCAAAUAUACCGUUACCCGGUAAAUAUGAACAGAAACCGAAAACCCUUUGUACGCUCAAAGAGAAAUCUCUACUGGAAAUGGGUUUCAAAACGAAUGAGAUACAAGGUUGGGAGGAUAUUGUGCAGCCGCCCAAAGAGAAUCUCUAUAAACUGUUACGUAACAUGAUUGACAAUCACAUUAAACCGAACGUGCAGAUACGCAUCGGUGGUGUCACCUUCAACUGUCACAUGAUGGUGUUGCAGUGUUACUCGGAUUUCUUUAUGGAAUGUAAUAAUGAGGUGCUAAUACAACUGCCCGAAGAGAAGAUAACACCGGGCGCUUUUAUGAUGGUCUACGAUUGGAUGUUGGCUGAGGAGCCACUGGUGCAGCGUGAGGGCAUACUGGAGCUGUUCAAUGCAGCCAAUUUUUUACGCAUCAAAAAUCUCGUUAAUCAAUGUUGGCUCUGCUUGGAUGAUGAUGUGCGCUUCCGUGAAGACACGGCUUUUCUGCUCUAUCUGGAGGCACGCACUUAUGGUUUGGAGAGUUUGGAACAAUUGAUGUUGACACGAAUUUGUAAAUUUUUUCUCACACUUGUCGCUUCAAAAGAAUACCUGGAGCUGACGACGAAAGAGAUUUGCACGUUAUUGAGCUCGAAUACGAUUGGUGUGUAUUCGGAAAUCGAUAUCUUCAUGUCAGCUGUGCGAUGGUUGAAUUACCAUUGGGAAGAACGCGAAGCCGAUAUGUUGCAAGUAGUGAAAUGCGUGCGUUUCAGCUUGAUGCCACCCUGGUUUCUAGUAGCGCUGAACAAAAAUAUCGAUUGUGUAGAAAUCGACCGCAUCGCUAGUCAUCCAGAGGUGAAACGUAUGAUAAACGAUGGCAUAUCUUACAACACAACUCAACUGUACUAUCGUGAGAAUCGUGAGGAGUUUCUCCACUUUCUCGAACGCUAUCAACUGGUGGCGCCUGUGCAACGUCAGUGGGUUCUCGAUAAGGAAUGCAGUUAUCAUCACCAUUUGGAAUGUCCUAAUAUGCAAAAUGUCACGUAUAAAUCAUUUUUGGAAUAUCUCGAAAUGAUACAUACAAUCGGCAAGGAUUAUUGGCGUUCACUGGAAAUGGCGAAGGGCGUGGAGAAGUCGUUGCAAUGUUGCGUACGCUCUGAUUGCCGAAAAUUGAACGAGCAAAAUUUAGUAUGUUAAUACAUAUAUCUACAAAUACAUAUGCAUA